AUGGAACUACCAUCUACAGUUACGAGCGACUUAGAAUUCGACCCAACGUACUCAGACCAAGGAGCAGAAUUUACUCUCGUCUCAUCGGAUAGUGUAGCUUUCAAAGUGCACAAAUACUAUCUCCAAGCUCACAGUACUGUAUUUCGAGAUAUGAUCUCCAAUUGUGACCUUGAUUCCCAUCUCAAUGAAGAAAAUCACAAUCGAUUGGAAUUCACAGAUCCUCAAAUCGAACACUCAACAACACUCACUAUCUUCCUCAAUCUGGUAUAUAAUCGACCACUGAAUCUAUCCCGAGAUUCCCUCGGUCCAUUUAGGAAUUUAAUUGGAUUCGCUAAGAAAUACGAUUGUCGAAUGGUCUUACCAACCAUGAAAUCACUUGCUAGACAAUUCCUAGAUCAAUAUAUCUCCCCUCAUUAUGUUUUCAUCGUUGCAGCCGAGCUGGACGAUAUAGAUCUAGCCUCCGACUGCAUCAUCAAAGGAACCAUGGCGGAAAGUGAACGUGAAAGUGAAGGAGAGGUUAAUUUGGGAAUUUCAAGAGGUGCUGGUGUUUUGGAAGUUACUUCAUGGCCUAUUUGGGAAUUACACCGAGUACCGAUAUCUGAUUUGGUUGGACUGAUGAGGACGGGAAGAAUGUGUAUGGUGACUGCGCGUGGGGGUGAUGGUGUUCAGGCGAGUCAGGAUUUCAAGAAGAUCAUGAAAGCUUGUCAAGGGAAGUAG